UAUUUAUUCCUACGCGAGCAGACCCAGCGCACCUCUUGCAUACAAAGAGUGAAAUUACAACCUAAAGGACCUAUCGUACCUUCUUUUGGAGUAACCUUAGUGCUAGUGAGAGCCUUGGCUACUUUUUAAGGCUAAGAAGACUCAUUUUCUGCAGGUAAACCAAAAGCUUUCAGGGAACAUUUUCUGCUCUUCUGCUUUUUCUGGUUAUUCAGCCUGGACCUCUGUCCUGUUUACAGAGCUGAGGCAAGCCCUUGGAAAUGAUCUGCCUUGUGUUUGCAAGAAUGGCAGUAACAACUACACAUCAGUAACUUUUCUCACUGAAUCCCUCUGGAUGGUGUAUUUUACCCUGGUCAUAAGUGGUGACAUUUUCCUUACCUCUUUGGGAAGAUUAGUUUCAACAGGACAUUAAAAAGAUGGCUGAGGAAGAAAAGCUAUCUCUAAAGAAAACAAUUCAGUUUGGUAUUAAUGGAUAUAUUCCAUCAGUACAACUAUGCAUCAGAAAUGAAAAUGCCCCCAGAAGUUAUUAUGCUUGUUUAGACAACAUGCAAAUAAAACACAUGUGACUGGUCAAUCAGAAAAAAAAAGAACUGCAUCCCUGAUGGAGAGCUGCUGUCAAAUGAGAGCCUCCAGGAAAGCCAUAGACUCAACCUUACCUUUAAAUUAGCUCACUGAAACAGCCUGUUGCAAUUUUGUAAUACAAAGACCAUGUUAGCUGCAGGUAAAAGGAUUUCUGCAUUCCCAAGCUACAAGAAAUAUUUCCUUAAAUUUUAUAUUUAAUUUAUCUUAGUUUUGGUCUAAUCAGCAAUUAAAUUUGAAAGAGGAUCCCUAAAGAGAACAUGCCAGUUGAAAAUAUACAUAAUAACAAGGAGAAGAAUGCUAAGCUCCAGGAGUAAGGUGUUAAUUUGUAUCUUAGGAACAAUAUUAACAUACAGGUCAAAUGUCAAAUGAAAUGGGUCGCAAAGAAACACGUUACUUACAGACAUUAAAUUGUGAUUCAAUGGCCCAGCAAAACAUGAAAAUGAGACCAGUGCUCCUGAAAAGGAACAGUCUGGACUCAGCAGAUUUUCUGAGGCACCCCCAGCACCGCAGGACCAAAUCCCAGCAGGUGCGCUUCAAGGAUGAUGGUGUCAGCAGCAAGGCAGAGCUGGAGGCCAAUCCUGCCCCACACACAGCACUCACUACUGGCAAAACUGAAAUAUUUAGGGAUCACAAUUUUUUGCUAACUCAGUCUCCAACUUUUCCAAGGGCUCACAAGGGGCUUCGGAAUAUUGCCAUACAAACUUCUCCCAGCCUCAGGAAACACUUCCCUGUUUUUAAAAGGAAAAAGCUGACAGUAAGCAAAUCACUGACAGAAAUGCCAGCAGAGCCUGCAAACUCUAUCCAGGUAAAUGGCAACCUUUGUGAACCAGACAUUCUGUCCUCAGAGCUCUGCUACCUGAGGAUAAGUCAUCCCUUGGAGGAUGGAUGCAGGAAUAGUGAGGUGGGCUUGGGUCAGAGAUCAUCAAAAGCACAAAGCAAUGGACCGCGGUACUCGGGGGAUUUCUCAGAGUCAGACAAGACAACUGCGUCCACACAGGUGCCUGAAUACAUUCAUGUGAGUUUCCCACAGGACAGAAACGUUCCCCUGGAUGCACCAGACACAGCCACAGCUUCAAGUAAUUCACUGCAUUCUUCUACUGUCAUCAACAGCCAUGAAAGUCAUGAAAACAGCACACUGUCUUCUGAUUCUGACAGAGCAGAGCCUUGCCUGAGCAACUCUGGGAACUGCAGUGAAUGUAACCCCCACUCUGCUGCUCCUGAAGAGCAGAAAAUUGAUUCUGAGCUGCCUGCAGCCAGCAGAGAUGCCAGCAGUAAGGAAGCUACUCCACUGUCACCCCCAUCAAACCACAGCUCAUCUCCUUGUUUCCUCAGAGACUGUCACCAGGCAGGAGAGCACAAGCCAGGUUCCAGCUGUGUGACACUCCCAAGUGAUGAUCACCCACCAGUGUCAGUGCCCAGCACCAAUGCAUCAAAUCCAUGUAACACUGAAAUCCAGAACAAUUCCACCCAGUCAGAUGUUUCCCAGUGUAACAGCUGUGCAGAAGGAUUUCACACAAAGUCUUAUCCACCAAGGAAUGAAAUAAACCCACAAAGCAACAAAGAGAUUAAUGAAAUCAAUCAAAUUCACUUGGCACAUGGAGAACUCUCUGCCCUACAAGGCAGGCUGCAGUCUGUAGAGGAAUCCUUGCAGUCCAACCAGGAGAAGAUUAAAGUCCUUUUGAAUGUAAUCCAAGACCUGGAAAAAUCCAGAGCCCUCAGUGAAGGGAGGAACUUCUACCACACUGGGCAGGACCUCAACAACUGCAGCACCUGCCAGAACACGGCGUGCAUCAUCUACAGUGUAGAAUAUGACUUCAGACAACAAGAAGGAAGAUUUCAUCAGAUUUUGAAAACACUGGACAAUGCAGAGCAAAAUGCAGCGUCAGCUUCUCCUCAGAAGCCACCACCUGAUCCUCCAGCUCCCGAGAAAAAGGAGUUAAGGAGAAAGACAAAAAAGGUGAAAAGAAAAUGCUUCUGGUGGAUUUGACUUCCUCAUGCAUCCUUUUAAUUUUCAAAAGACAAUAAAACAGAAAGAGCUUGAGAGCACACACCUGAAAAUGUGCUAUUAUGAAAUCACAAAGGUUAAGAAUGGUUAAUUAGAGUAUCUGAAAAAUCAAAAUAAUUGAGUUUAAUUAAAUUAGCUCACUGAACAAAGGUGCAUGAAGAUACUAUUUUCAGGAAAAGAAAUGGAUUCUUUGAAAAGGAAGUUCUCUUUUAUUCCCAAGGACACUUCCAUAUGCUUUGUAAAGAUCUUUUUUUCAACUUUCCAAAAAUAACAAGGUUCAAAUCUCUACUUUAAAAAGCAAUGGUAGACAAAGCUAAGCAUGUCACCCAGCCUUUAUUUCCCAUUUAUAAGUAACAUUGACUAAAAGGAAAAAUCUUCAUCAAGCUUUGAACAAGCCACAUUAUCAAGAACAAAUUCAGGGAAACCUAAAUUGUUCAAACAAAUCUCUCCUCAGAGGAGACAAUUAUAAUUAUUUCACAUCCCCAAUGAAAUAUUUUUGUUGCUGUCAUCUAAUAUUAAACUACAAACAAAAGAAUUUCAGGUUAAGUUUUAACUCUUUUUCUUUGUUUGUUAUAAAAAGCCACCAUUUAGAAGUCAUUUAAUGGACUUCUCUGAAAAGAACUGGGGAGUUGCAAAGCCAGAGAAUGUCCCUGUAACUCUUGUCUUAAACCCCUGCUCAAGCAAGGUCCAGUUCAGUGAAUUUGAGUUCUGAAUAUCUCCAAGGACAAGAAUCCUCAGCUCCUUGGGGAAGGCUGUUCCAGGUUUUCCUAACACCUGAUCUGAAUUUCCUGCAUUCUGAUCUGUGCCCAUUACAUCUUGUUUUGUCCAAGCACACCUGCAAGAAGAGCUACAUGGAUCAUGAGACCUCUCUCCUACAUCUUCACUUCUAAAAGACUGAACAAACCCAAUUUUCAAUUGCCUCUCAUGUCCCAUGCUGCAGCCACAGCCAUCCUGUGGUGUGAGUUGAUGUCUUUCAUCCACCUGGAAGCCUAAAAGUGGACAUGAUCCCUCAGAUGUCAUCACCCAAUUGCUGGAAAAAGAGGAAUUAUUAUUUUGGCUACUGUCAUACUGAAUCAUUUGCCCACUCUAUCCAUUUAAGACCUGUAUUGCUGUACCAAAAUAUCCCGAGAUUUUUUUUUUUGCCUUAAGAUGUAAAUUAAUAUAUGAUAAAAAAUUGAACAUAAAAAUAAUAUUUAGUGAACUGAUCUGUAUUGCACAAAAAAUUAUAUAUAUAUAUAUAUAUGCUGAAAAGAUUUUAUCAAAUGUCAAUGCAGCUACUUCUUUCCUCCAAAAACACUCAAGGUACCAUUAGCACAGGGUGUGCCAAUGGAACCCAAUUUAUGAUUGGUGAUCCCAUUAUUUUACUCAUCAAAACAUGGUCACCUUUCAUAUGGGGGCAGGGGGAAAAAGGUUUUCCAAAGCAAGUUGAGUGGAAUGUACUGCAGACCUUUUCUUAGAAGUGGCCCUGGUUCAGGGUAUUCAUAGAUUAAUCCCUGCAUCUUAUUUUUCUAAGUAAUCCUGUAUUAAUUGUGCAAUGUUAGUUUUAAAUGUCCGUACACUUUUUGUACACUUCUGUGUUCCUUGAAUUCUUAAGGUUAAUUACAUAUUUGAAAAUACAUUAAAAAGAAUUUUGCACAGAAAAAUUUUGUCUGGAGGAACUAAUUUCUUUAUAAAACAAAUCUUUAAGAAGAAAAUUUGCAUUAUGCCAUGGCUUAAUUUAUCAAAAUUCUAAAGGACUGAUGCUUAAAAACCAUUUCCAUGUUAAUUUCAGUUAGUACAGAAAUGACAAGAACA